UAAAAGCGUAGAUUCACAGUAGGUAAUUUUGACAGUAGUCUUUUUACCUGUGGUUUGAAUGUGAUCCCAUUUCCCGCCAUUGCUUAAGUAAAAACAAAUGAAUAAUCGAUUUUCACUGGUUUUUUCUUUUCGUGCGUCGGCAGAAGCAGCUGUUUUAUUGUUUGCUCAUUCUCAUUUUAUCUUCUACAGCCAUCGGUACAGCCAUGUCCACCACGCGUCCGACUUCCGACAGCCAACCAAAUCUCAACAUGUCGAUUACUUCCAGUGCUACUACUACUACUACUACAAAAGGUAUCAUUGAUUGUGUUGAAAAAUGCACGUGUCACGCCACGCAAGGUUGGCAUGAAAUAUUUCGUCGUUUCACGACCUGUCAAAAUUCUGUAGACGGUGAGACGACGGCUCAUUCGUCGAGUGAAAACAUUCAAAGUGUCGCUCGCAAUUCAACUCGGGUGCCAUCGUUUCUGUUCCGCCAACAUCGCAGCAGUUCAAAUUCGUCUCCCCGUAACAUUCUAGACAGGUUGAUUCCAUCUCGUUCAGAAACGAAUAUGCAGCUGGCUCAGCAUCUUUUUUCGACCACGUCACAUCGUCCCGUCGGAGACGACUCUGAGCAACACUCCCGGCAAGUCACGCCAAUUCUCACAUUCGGCAAUAAAGUUGUGAGAGUGAAACCGAUGGCAUCUUUGUCUUGUGGUACGACUCCUAAAUCCAAAUUUGAAUUCCCCACUUUACCCCAUCGAGUUAUGUACGCCCGGGAACCGGGAAUCCAUUUCAGUAAAACCAAAAAUAAAAAAUUGCCUCACGAUGGCAAUUAAUGAAUGUGUGAAGAGAAACGAGAAAAUAUGACUAAACAUUUAAAGGUUU